CCAUAAAACAUGAAAAUUCAGUGUGUGUAUGUGUGUGUGUUCAUGCAUGUUUGAGGGCAUGCGAGUCAGAGUGGGCUGGGUUAUCAGAGCAGAGAGACAGAAGGCAGUUUGCGGUGGGCAGGAGAGAGAGUCACAUUCUUCAUUUCAACUUUGCCCGGCACAGUUGUCCACACACUGCUGCAUGUCACUCUCUCGUCUGUCUUUGCUUUUCUCCUUAUUUUGCUUGUCAGUCAUUCUUCUUGUUCAAAUGCAUUAUUUUAGUUUCUCUUACACUCUUCUCACUCUUCCUCUUUAAGUUGUUGUUUUCCUUAUUAUCUGUCCAUCUUUACCCAAUAUUGUCAUUAUCCUCUCAUUCUAAAUCUGACAGUCUGGCUUCAUUUACUGUACAUAUUUUAUUUGCAUAACCUGGUGCAAUUUCAUGGUAUCAGAUGGAGUCAAGGCAUCAUGGACCUCAACCUCAACCAAGACCCACAAGCCCAGCCUUGCCUUUCAUAGGUUGGCCCCACACAAAUGGAUGUGUGACACAUGGAGGCCCAGGUCGGAUGUUGCUGCGUGAGAUGCUUUGGCAGCUGGAGCAAAGAGCACUUCAGGUUCAAGAAGAGGAGUUCCAGUACUGCAUCUCCCGUGGCAUUCUGGGAUACCGUCACCCCCCAGCAUACCCAAGCCUGCUUGCCCUUAUACCUGCUUCCGAACACCGCCAGCUGGAGCGCCUCUGUGGUCGCAUCCCACCCUCACACACUGCCAUUGUGCUUUCCAGGCUCCAUGAUCUUUUGGCCCACAAUGACAUCCCUCCCUGGGAACUGGUGGGUGUCUUCAAGCAAGUUCUCAGGGACUUCCUGAGGAGACAGGAAGACGGCGUGCAGAGAUGUCCAGUCCCUUCAGCUCCACCAAACAUUCUUUCUGCUCCUAGUCCAAAUACAGAGAGUAAUGAUAGAAAUCACAUGGCUGGAAAUGCAUCUAAUGCUUUGUCUGAGGAGUCAGGGAAACACAGGGAGGAAAUUCCUACUAUUUCUAGUUAUGUGGAUAAACAUUUGCGGGCUGCCUGCCCCUACUCUAUCCGCAGAGAUUGGAGUUUGCCCUUUUGCCAUCCGUUCACUUAUGAGGCCUACAGCACCACAUUGUGAGACACCGGUAGAACCAUCCAACACAUUUUUAUGGCAAUAGAGUGGUGCAGGGAUGAUGUCAAAACCCAAACAAACUAAUUUGCCCCUGGUCUGUGGUUUUGGCAAAUUGCUGGCUAAUUUGUAAGAAUUUGUACAAUCUUAUUCAUCCAUUCAUCCAUUUCUGUUUACGCCCCAGUGAUGGUUAGGAUUAGGGGUGGUCCUUCAAGCUUACUUUUUUCCUAAAAAUCAUACGAAUCACAUUGUACAAAUUCAUACGAUAUUGCCUCCUCAUUAAAUAAUUCAGUUUUCUCAUGAGAUCGGGUUUAAAAGUCCAUAUAGCCACUUUCUAUGUCUUUCCUCUUUGCAAGUUCCCUAGUUCUCAGACACAGAUCUACAUCAAACAAAAAAAAAAUCUAAUCCUGUGCUGCAUUUUAAGUCAAUUAGACUGAUUAAAAGUGAUUAACAUGGAGAUGUAUGUGAUGUUUAAACUUGGAAGAUGAGCCAUAAACUUUUUUUGUAACUGAUCAAUAAGAAGGAAAGAUAACUCCAGAUAUUUAUGAUAUAAAGUAGCUACUUUUAAAAUUAAUUCUUUAAAAACUUAAAAAAAUAAAAUAAAAAAAUAAAUCACCAACAAUAAUCAUAAUAAUAAUUUUGAAUAAAUAAUUAUAAAUAAUUUAUUGUUAUUAUUG